AUGGCAGCCCUCGCAGCCAGGUUUUUGGGCAUCACCAAAUCCAAACUCAAAUCCUCACCUUCAAAUUCGUACAGGAUUCUCCCUCACUCCCCGCCGCCCAUCGCCGCCGAUCCGAACCGCUUCAGCCACCGGAGGCCCAUGUUUCUGGUUCAGCACUCGCGCGACAAAUCCCGCAAUUUCUCCGUGAUUUCACCCGACAGCUCGUGGAGAAUCGACGACCUCCGCUCGCGCGUAUUCUCCUCUCUUCUAUCGAUCGGAAAUCUCAGUCUCAUCACCACUUUCAACGACCUGAUUCUGUUGUCCCUCGACCGGCCCGGCUACUUCAAUAUGCACAUCGGCACCACCAGUUUAUACGGCAACAUCUUUACCAGCUACGGCUUUGGGUUCGACCCGGCCACAUCUCGGGACCGCUGCAAGAUCGUGAGAGUUUUCAAAGCCGACUGUGACAACUAUUCUUAUCCCCGGUACCGAGCCGAGCUUUACUCGCCGGAGACCGAUUCCUGGCAGGAAAUUCCAUACCCUUUCGAUUAUUUUAGUAAUCAAGAUGGGUGGGCUCUCCCGUGGAAUUCUGUUCACGCCAACGGCAGCUAUUACUGGCUGAUUUGGGAAAGACAAAGUGCCCUCUGUUUCGACUUUGCCGACGAGAAGUUCUUGCCUCGUUUAAUUCCUCUGCCGGAGAAGGUCAAUUCCGAUUUCCGGCUAGUCGAGUUUCAUGGGUCGAUUGCCGUUAUUGUUUGGCAAGGUUCGGAAGUGGAGAUUUGGGUGUGGAAUGGCGACGGGUGGUCGUGGUCUCUGGCGUCCAAGUUCGACGUACCUACGACCGUUGGAAGUAUAGAGUGUUUGUUCAAGAACGAUAAGUUGUUUUUGCUAAAUAUCGAAGGGGAGCUAAUGCUUUUCGACCGUGCGACGGGCGGGUUGGAGGGUUUGGGUAUCCAUGCAGAAUACAUGAGCAUUUACCCUUACAUUGAGAGCACGGUUCGGCUCGGCACCAGAGGUUUUCUUAACGGGAAACCCUUUUUGGACGCGAAUUGGACAUGA